UUCGCGGAGGCGAGGAAGAGGAGGUGGCGGGGGGGUGACGACCCGGGACACUGCCCCCUGCCCUGCCCUGGGCAGAAGAUCCUUUUUCCACCCCCACCCCCUUCUCGCCCUCUUUCCCUCCCCCCUCCCGCCAGCAUGGUUCUGCUCACGAUGAUCAGCCGGGUUCAAGACGGGCUGCUUUUGGCUGCCUCCAUGCAAGAAACGGAGCAGUCAAAUAGGAACUUCCAAGAAUACCACAAUCAAGCCAAGCAGCUUUUCCGAAAACUUGGGGAUCAUUCGCCAAAUCGGUGUUCUCUGCAGGCUGGAACGAUGACUUUUCAUUACCUGAUCAGCCAGGGGAUUUGUUACCUGACACUCUGUGAAGCUAACUAUUCAAAGAAGUUGGCCUUCUCCUUUCUGGAGGAGCUGCAAACGGAGUUCUGGGAACUUUACGGGAAGAAAAUCUCAUCGGUAUCGCGGCCUUACGCCUUCAUUGAGUUUGACAUUUACAUCCAGAAGCUGAAGAAAUCUUACCUAGACACUUGGUCAAAACGCCAUCUAAGCAGCAUCAAUACGGAGCUCCAGGACGUUCAGAAGAUCAUGGUGACCAACAUUGAAGAAGUCCUCCAAAGAGGGGAGACCUUAUCAGCUCUGGACUCCAAAGCCAGCAACCUGUCCACCCUCUCCAAGAAAUACCGCCAUGAUGCCAAGCUCCUCAACAGCCGCUCCGCUUACGCCAAAGCUGCCGCCACCGGCCUCAUCUUCAUGGUCCUCCUGCUCUACGUCCGCUUCUGGUGGCUGGUGUGACCCAGUCUCCCCCUUUUGUUUCCAAGGCCCGGUGUGACUUGGGCUUUUCCUUUGAGGAGAAACAUGGAAAUACCCCCAAAGUUCACCACUCGGGACGAUGUUCUUGUUUUUGGCAUCACCUCCAUUCACGUGGUUGGCCGUUGAAUGGCAGUGCAAGAUGCCAAGUGGAUCUAUGACUAUUUAUAAUGGGGGGGGGGGGGGAGAGAGGCUGUCCAGCCUGCCUUUCGAAAACAAGGAGAAAUUUGUGGCUUUCCAUAGAUCAGCUUUUUUUUCAAACACAGCCCUACAGCGUUGUCAACGGCUAGCAGGUUGAU